UACUUGUACAGGACUGAAAAACAUAGAUACCUCCACUGGAACCAUGAAGUACAUUGUGUUCCUGGUCCUCAGUCUGAUAUCAACUUCAUGGACACAAAUUACAUGGACAGUGUUGAAAGCUGCUGCAGGGAAAAGCAUCACUGUCCAAUUUCCAUGGAAAUGGGACCAAAAACAUCCUGUAAUGUGGUGUAAAUCGUAUUCAGAAACUAAAUGCAAAGUUAUAGUAAGAAUUGAAAAAUCCACGAACAAUAAUUUCCAUGGUACAACAUCCAUCUCUUACAUCCAUGGGUCAAUUUCUGUCACCAUGGAACAACUUCAGGAGAAAAAUACAGGAACGUACUGGUGUGGAGCACAAAAACAAGGUUCCAUCGUUGUUUCAGAUGUUAUAUUACUGAAGGUUUUUACAGAUUCAGAGGAAUCCAUUCCAACAGAGACCUACAAUGUAAUGCAAAAUACCAUUAUUGUAUCGUGUCUCUACACGCAACAGGAGAGACACUAUAAGAAAUUCUUCUGUAAAGUAACCUCUGUAAAUAAUUGCACUGUUAUCGCCAGUUCAGAUAAAACUAUUGGAAAUGAGUAUAAAGGGAGAGUUCUAAUCAUGACAAACAAGUCUCGAAAUUUUACUGUUACCAUGAGCAAUAUCACUAAAGCAGACAAAGGACAGUACUGGUGUGGAUCAGUAGAUAUAGAUGACGUAAAGAUCACACAAGUCCUAACAAUUGCUAAUGUGGGAAUUCCAGCAAUUUCCAGUGAUAACCUAAGUAAUACCACCCUGCAAAUAUGGCACAUCAUCAUCCCUGCUUUGCUGGGACUGUUAAUCUUAUCGCUCCUGAUUCUGUUUCUGUGGAAAAGAAAAGGGAUAAAAAGGGCAGGAAAUGAUGUUAAGAAUGAAAAUCCAGAAACUCCAGACAUGACCACGAAGUCUGACAGGAUAAUGAAAGACACUGUCACUUAUUCCAAUGUGACCCUUCAGCCUUCUGCUCAAACAACGGAAGAUUCUGGAACUUAUGCUAACUUAAAGGAUUUGAAAGAGCAAAAGGGUAGCAUCAAAAUCAAUUCUUCGGAAUCAGUGGAAUAUGCGGCAUUGCAAUUCAAAUCUUAGAGCAAUUACCUUCUGGAUUCAAAGACGACGCUCUAUUUAUUCCUUAAACCUUAAUUUUAAAAAUAGUCAGCAAUUGGAAUAGCACCAGAGAGAGAAAUAUUUUAUCUUCUGGGAGCAGACCACCAGACGGGGACUGCUAUAAAGUCUGGUGUCAAACCCAUCACCAUUGGUAUUUUACAAGCAGUAGAGUGGUGCCUGUAAUGCUGCCUGGUUUGGAGACAAAUAAGGGCCACAAAGUUAGAGUUCACAGCACAGAAAGAGGCCAUUUGGCCCAUUGUUGAGUGUUGCAGAUGCAAUCAGGUAUCUAAUUCCGAAAUCAAGCACUUGGCUCAUAGCCUUGUUUGCAAUUGUGUUAAAUGAUCAUCUAAUUACAUCUAAAUCCCACCUCUACCAAACUAAAGACUAUGAUUUCCCAGAUACCCACUACUAUUAGCGAAGAGUUUUCUUUAAGCCCCGUCUAAAUCUCCUGCUCCUUACCACAAAUCUAUGCCCUCUGAUUAUUGACCCCUCUGCUACCUCCAAUCUACGCUCCUCAAUUUUAUACAAUCCAGUUCCUGCUCAGUCUUCUCUGCACAAAGGAAAACAGCCUACUUAGUCUUUCUUCAUAGCUCCAACCCAGGCAAUAGUCUGGUGAAUCCCCUCUACACCUUGCUGCAAAU